AUGUGGUGGAGUGUUCGCCUUUUCCAACGCGGGACGGCAGCCGGCCCAACCGCAAUGACCGCCGCCUCACCGCUCACUGAAUCAUGCGCCACGCAGCAGGUAACAACCAAGAAUGUUCGUCGUCCAAGCAAGUUACAACGUCAAAUGUUUAUGGAUCGCAUGAAGAAGCGGCACCGUGCAAGGGUGAAAAUGAUCGCUGCACAAGAGCAAUCACAUUUGGCUACGGUACGCUCCUCGAAUUUGAACGGGCGCGACGUCAUUAUGGCUCAGCUUGCGGAUGAAAUAUUUAGCAGGGGACAUAAACACGUCUGCUGUGCCACAAACAUCUCUUUUGUACCAGAUGGUAACCCCGCAAUGCCAGAGGUUGCACUCGCAGGACGGGGGCAGUGUGGAAAAAGUUCACUGUUGAGGUCUCUGUUUCGCUCGUCUAGAGAAGUAGGACGCUCGAACGUGAAGUUGCGUCGUGAUGCGAUGAACUUUUUUAAUGUGGGUGGAGGUGUCUUCAAUAUUGUGGAUCUUCCGGGAUUCGGCGGCACUUCGGUGCCAUGGUCCACGCUCCUUCAACAUGCUGUUCUACUACGGAACUUUGUGCGGUGCCGACCGAACCUCAAGAUGUUGUAUUAUUGCAUGGAUGUGCACUACAGGCACGGAGUUUAUAUUCAAGACCUCGAUCUGCUGCGUUUCCUUUCCAAGGAAGUACCAAAUUUCACGAUUGUCGUAACAAAAGGUGACCAGUUAGACACUACAAAGUCGCGAAAUGUGUUUAGGUUGGAGGAUAUACGAAAAGAGCUGUUAUUCCAUGACAUAACGCAUCCAGUACUUGUUACAAGUGCCUAUCAUAUGGGAGGUGUUGAUGCACUUCGCUUUGACAUGGUGAUGAACUGCCUUCACGCACUUCCCACGGAACGCCUAACAAUAACUGAAGCGAAGCGACUGUCGGAGCGGCUCCUAACACAGCGCGAAAUUGGGACCGUACGACAUUUGCCGUUGGCACCCACACAACUGCAGGAUGAAUUAAGGAACUGGAGCGAAGAAGUGGAAAAAGAACGGGCAAUAGAGCCAGUUACACCGGGAAGUAUGGAGCAGAAGCAUGAGGGUGAAUCCGCACAUGGUUUAAGCGAGCGUGACACAAACACCAGUGGUUGUUCAAGAGGCAAAUGCACUUCAAAGGCAGUAGCGGUUGAGGUGGGUAGCUCUGUUACUCCCGCUGAUAUCUCCCUUGCGCUAGAUCAGGCAGAAGCGUUUACCUCUCUCAAGAAAAAGGUAACCAACGAAGGGUUGAUGAAAUACGUUAGACAAACAAGUCCGUGGCGCAAUCCACUCUUGUGGCCAGAAAAUGUUGUGCCAACAAAACAUCCGAAGGCCAAUAUCAUGCGAUGUCCGGAGGACCCACACAACCCUUAUCUUACUCAGGCGCAUUUUGUGUGCCCACGCGCCGACAUGUACUUCCGUCGACCAAACGUUGGUACCCGCAAGGGUGUGGAAAAGGGUCGCUACGAGGCAGAUCGGCCACUGGCCUUCCUCCUUAAACCUUAUACCAUUCCGUAUUUCCCUGAUGUUGUCGACGUGAAAAUGCAUCCACUACCGUGGACAUUUCUCGGAAGUCGUGAGGCAUACUAUGAAUCAACUGGUGGGCGUCAACUCGGGGUGCGCAUGGCACAGUACGUUACUAACGGUGAGAUACGCGCACUUAACGACAACCCUGCACCCACACAACCUGAUCUUACGAAGGAGCUUCAGAAGUUGGAGCGUAAGAGGUAUGGUUCAUCCAUCGCGAUGCUACGACCACCGGGAAAGCAGGUGAAGGGUCUAACCACCGGUAUGCCGUCAGUGCUUAUUCACGGUAGCGAAUGUGUUGAUCAAGUAACCGCAGCGCCUCCACAACCCUUAGGCGCAGGAAAGUAA